AUGGUGCGUUCAUUGAUGCACGUGUUAAUGGUGGGGUUUUUUUUUUUAUUUCAGGUUCGUUCCAGCAAGCAAAUGAGGAGGUUGGAAUCGAGGAAGUCCCAUUCUUGGUGGUGGGAUAGUCACAUCAGUCCCAAGAAUUCUAAGUGGCUUUCAGAGAACCUCGAGGAGAUGGACCGGAGUGUGAAGCGCAUGUUGAAGCUGAUAGAAGAGGAUGCAGAUUCAUUUGCCAAAAAAGCUGAAAUGUAUUAUCAGAAAAGGCCAGAAUUGGUUGCUCUGGUUGAGGAAUUUUACCGUAUUUACCGUGCUCUAGCUGAACGUUAUGAUCAUGUGACAGUAGAGUUACGAAAGAAUAUACCCUCUGAUCUCCAAUCCCAAGGUUCUGGUAUUUCUGAUGCCGGGUCUGAACCGUCCUCUGCCUGGCCUUCUCCAACUCCAAAGAGGGGGGUUCGGCUUAAAUCAAGUAACCGAGCUGCUGGGUUUGAUUACUUUCUUGGCUCCAGUGGAAAUGGUUCUGAUGUACAAAAAGAUGGGGAUGAGUCCUCGACUUUGACAGAUUCUGAGGAGGAAUCUGAUGAUUCAUCAGUUAAUAAUUAUUCUGGUUUCUUACAGAAUGGCAGUGAUCCAGCUAUAAACAGAAGAAUGACGGAGUUGGAAUCUGAGCUCCGUGAGGUAAAAGGAAAGCUAUGGAUGCAGGAAGAGGAAAAUGCAGAGGUUUCAUCUAGGGGAUCAAGAAAUGAGAAUACUGAAGAUUUUUAUACCAAAAUUAAUUCAUAUGAACAAGAACUGAUGACUGUUAAUGAGAAGUUAAGAGUUUCAGAAGAAGAAAUUACUAAACUGAAGUUUGAGCUAGCAAAAUACAGACCAUUCAAUACAGAAAAUUUGGAGGCUGGUUUUGCGUUUUCAUCUACUAAAGAACAUGUUGAUAAUGGAGAGGAAUCCCUGGAACACAAGAUGAUUGAGGCCGAAAGCAUUGAUGGUGUGAAUAAGGAAUUUUUUGAGCAAAAUGGUGAGAUUGAGUCUCUUGCAGGGAAGCUAAGAAAUACCAAAGAAAAUCUGAAAGCUUCCGAAACACAAAUUACUUCCCUGAAGUUUGAGGCCAAUAAAUCAUCUGAAAGAAUUCAGCAGUUGCAGGAUCAGCUUGACUUGGCUAGGAAAGACAUUGCUACUUGGAAAACCAAAUUCAAUAGUGAGAAAAGAGAGAGCACCAAACUCAAUGAAAGACUUGCAAGGUUAAGGACUAGUCUAUCAGACCGUGACAAUGAGAUUAGGGAUUUGAAAACAGCAGUAUCUGAUGCUGAGCAGAAAAUCUUCCCUGAGAAAGCUCAGUUGAAGACUGAAAUGUCAAAGUUACUGGAGGAACGGACACAUGUAGAAGAGCAGAUCAGAGACUGGGAAUGUCGAGGCCGCUCAUUUGAAGAGGAAAUCAGAAAGAUCCAGUCUGAAAAAAUAGAGAUGGAGGAGACACUCAAGGGUGAGAUUCAGCUGUUAAAGGUAGACAUAGAGGAGAGAGAUAACACCAUAAAUGAUCUUAACACAAGCCUUGAUACUCUUAAACUAGAGAAAGAUAAUUUGCAUGCUGAAGUCGGGUUCCUCAAGGAAGAGGUGAACUCCAAAGAUGGUAGGAUUGAACACCUGAACAGCCAUUUGAACCAGCUGCACAUGGAACACGUACAACUGAUUGCUGGAAUGGAGGAAGCACACAAACAAGUGGAAGAGCUAAAAUCAAAAGCUAAGCAACUUGAGGAGGAGGUUGAGAGGCAAAAAUUUGUGAUCUUAGAAGGAGCAGAAGAGAAACGUGAGGCCAUAAGGCAGCUAUGUUUCUCACUCGAACACUACAGAAAUAGCUAUAAUAUGCUUAGACAACAUGUUAUGGGGCACAAACGGGUUCCAGUGUUGGCUGCCUAA